AUGUAUGUCUUCUCCGGCGAUCUUUAUAUGGUCUUAAACAAGCUCCUCGAGCUUGGUAUCAACGAUCUUGGUCCCUUGUCUUAUUUUCUGGGUAUUUCGUUUACUCGCACCAAAGAUCACAUGUUCUUAUGUCAACAAAAGUAUGCACAGAACAUUUUAGCUCGUGCUAACAUGUCGUCUUGUAAACCUGCAUCAACCCCAGUUGAUACAAAAUCAAAACUCAGUGUAAAUUAUGGAAAACUAGUUGAUGAUCCGACGUUUUGUAGGCAAAUUGCUGGAGCUUUACAAUAUCUUACCAUCACCCGUCCUGAUAUCGCUUAUGCUGUACAACAACUUUGCUUAUUCAUGCAUGAUCCCCGAGAACCUUAUUUUCAAGGUAUGAAACGUGUCCUACGAUAUGUCCAAGGUACUCUUUCAUUUGUGCUCCAUUUUACAUCUACUCCUGCAUCUAGUUUAGUAUCUUACUCUGAUGCAGAUUCGGGAGGAUGUCUUGAUACACGGCGCUCUACUUCUGGGUAUUUUAAUACAUUAUCUAGUUCUAGUGCCGAGGCUGAGUAUCGGGCUGUUGCAAAUAUUGUUGCUGAAACUGCUUGGAUUAGAAAUCUUCUUUGGGAAUUGCAUUGCUAUUAG